AUGGAACUACAUACCAGUGCCGAUAUACUAUUUAUCAAUAUGGUCAACCAUAAAUUUUUGCAAAACUACUACGAACAUUGCGUACAAAGUGCACCUGGUCAUCCUAUGUACUAUGAAUGUCAAUACUGUUUAUUUGAGGGCAGUUGGAAAGGCUGGUUCCCUGAGUCUAAGUUUGGGGAAUACCGUGAAAACUGUAUGAAAUCACUGCUAAAGCAAAAGGGCCGGGAUGUCUACAGUAUUGAAAACAUAAUGAGGUGGACAGGUAUCCGACGGGACAGUAACGGGUGGAUCGACCGGUACAACACUAGUCUCAACCUACCGGGCCAGACAUUCACUGGAGUUACCGGGGUUAUUAUCGAUGUCGAGCAAGGUACUUUCGAGCUACAAUUAUCUAACGAUCCCGACCUACCAGCUCUUAUUAACACUACAGACAUUGAGGAGGUGCUCACAAACGGCAUAACCCAUAGUGUGUUCAGUUUAGACCAAGUGGGGGACAGUAUGUUUGAGCACCUUCCGUUCCAGCAAAUGCAAUAUACACCUAGCGCAAUUAAUAAAACCAAAAACUACUUGGCCACUCUACUGCACGCCGACUAUAUGCUAAAAAUGCUUACAAUGGCUACUGAGGUAUCGUCUAAUAAACCGUUCCCUACCCGGGAGGCCAGGGAUGGGUUCUUAAACGUAUUGCCUGAUGAGCUCCGGGAGGAUCUGGUGCUGGAAAGGAGUCCGGAGUCGGCGUUUGGACAGACGGUUAGCUUCUGGAUAGAGGCCGAGGAUCUCUGGUAUAGCGAGUGCCUACAGCCCGGGGGCCGACGGGUCGUCGAUUUUCACGACUGCCCUAUGCGUGUGAGGACAGGUAUGUCGUGCGAUAUGGAAGACGAUGCUGAUGAGCACCGGGAUGCGAGUCGGGAAAAAACGUUUGCCGACCUAUUCACCGAAUGCUACGACGAAAUCGGAGAAUAUUUUCCCGUUUUCUCCCGAUUGCGGGAAUUACUGAAACUCCAAGCCGUGGUUAUAAUCGUGGAUUCAGUCUACCGGUGCCUGGAAAAGGCUAAGCGUGAGGCUGGUGUGGAUAGGGAUCAGAUCGUUGAGAUGUUACACAAAUUGCGUCAACAAAUUCAAUACCCGAUCAAUACGGAGGGAAGGGUUCGGGAGCUGUUUCGGGACACUUUGCGGGAAAAUGGUGUCGACAACGAGUACGACAUUGGGAUUAGCGAAGUAAUGCGUGUUAAGCGGGAAAUUGCGGGUAAUUUGGCGGACAUGGAGGAGCAAAUGUUUGACAAGAUGACCCAGGUGCUCGAUGACUCAUUGGAGCUUGGUAAACCUCAGUGGCUACGGAAACUGGUUUGUCAAUGGGUGCGGUACGAUGAGCGGGAUAAAUUGGUGGAUCACCUUGAACAUCAUAUGAAAUUGUUGUUGGUGAAUAAGCUAGCUAAAUUCGGUAAUAAUUGUCGACAAAUUGGGAUUCAAUUCCCUGAACAAAGUGAGCUUGAUCAAGAUAAGUUAUAUAGCGGUGAGUGGGUGCCGGUGGCGCACUCCCUGGCCACUCAAUAUAGGAGUUACGGAGGGGUGUGCUUAUUGCCUAAGCUGGUCAGCCUACAAUCAUCCAGUAAUGAUCAAGGUGCAAUUAGCCCGGAGACAAACAGAAUGACCAAGACCAAUCAAGGAAUUAACAUUAAGUACGGACCGAGUGGCAAACCAGUGAUACGUACGCCCCGGUACAGUGCCUUGAAAACGGCCAGGGAGGUAGCUAAACGAGCUAGCAAAUUACGAAACAAAGUUACUAUAAAUAGUGAACCUGCUCUCUCUCCCAAUAUCGGGGCGCGUCAGGAUGAAAAACGUGGAAUUACUGUUGAUAAACCGGUGGAGAUCUUUUGGGGUUUGCACCAAUUUUUACGUACUGUAUGUGUCGUAACGAACAGGGUAACCCUAUGGGGUAAAGUAGAUAGAAAGUACAGUUCACCUGUUACUACCCUAGCGGGCGAUGUGAAUGGAAAGUUAUACAUCCCCGGCCGACAUCAUGCGUUACCUAUUUACGGCAAUACUGGUCCUGAGUUCAGCCAUAUUGGGUACGACAAACAGCUAGACCCUGCGUACGGCGCCAACCCGUGCAAAGGCAAGGACUUCGGGAAGGGGUCUGUAGUGUGCGUAUGCGACAGCACCUACUGCGAUGACCUGGAUCCUGUAGUCAAAACAGCGGCCGGUGUGGUGACCCUAUUCGAGACGUCGCUCGGCGGCGACCGAUUCAAGCGGACAGACCUCAAGUUCGGCGACCAUCACAGUGAGCACCCGACCAAAGUGCAGAACCUGACCAUCGAUCGGACCAAACAUGUCCAGAAGAUUGUCGGCUUCGGCGGCUCCUUCACGGACGCCACCGGCUAUACGAUCUCUACCCUACCCGAGGCCCUCCAGAAGCAUAUCAUCGACGACUACUUCUCGGCCAAAGGCGUUGAGUAUAAUCUGAAUCGUUUGCCGAUAGGCGGCGCCGACUUCUCGCGACGCGCCUAUAGUUACGACGACGGACACGACGGCGACUUUGAGCUCAAACAGUUCGCCCUAACCGAUGAGGAUAAGACGUAUAAG